AGAGCGCAUGCGCAGCGCGCACCUCGACCCGGGCCUGCAGUAGUGGAGCGAUCGGCUCGUCAUGGCGCGGUUCCGUGUGCUUUUGCUCUCGCUCUCACUGUUGUUUGUGAUUCAGUCCGUCUUAUCCAUCUCAUUCUACCUGCCGGUGCGCAGCAGAAAGUGUCUGCGGGAGGAGAUCCAUAAAGACGUGCUCGUUACCGGAGAAUACGAGAUCAGCGAGCAGCCGAACACGAAAACCAACCUGAAGAUCACAGACUCCUCUGGCCACAUCUUAUAUGUGAAAGAAGAUGCAACCAAAGGCAAGUUUGCCUUCACCACAGAGGAUUAUGACAUGUUCGAGGUGUGCUUUGAGAGCAAGUCACCUAUGGGGACAGGAAGAGUUCCUGACCAGCAGAUCAACUUGGACAUGAAGCAUGGUGUUGAGGCCAAAAAUUAUGAAGAGAUUGCAAAGGUGGAGAAACUAAAGCCCUUGGAGGUGGAGCUCCGUCGGCUGGAGGAUCUUUCAGAGUCUAUUGUCAACGAUUUUGCUUACAUGAAGAAGAGAGAGGAGGAGAUGAGAGACACUAAUGAGUCCACCAACACGCGUGUGCUGUACUUCAGCAUCUUCUCCAUGUGCUGUCUGAUUGGUCUGGCCACGUGGCAGGUCUUCUACCUGCGUCGCUUCUUCAAGGCCAAGAAGCUGAUUGAGUAAAAAACCUGCCUGAACAAUCAGGGACCCAGAACUUCUUCCUGACAUCAGAACCUCCGGCCCCUGACAUUUGCUUUGCCUCGGCGGUUUAUUCCACUCGCCGCGGGCGGCCUGAAGUUUAUCGGCAGUGGACGUGCAUCAGGGAAAUUCGGGAAGCGAUUGAUGCUUGGCGGCCAAAUUGUCUUUCAGUGCGUGUACAUUUUUGAUACAAGCUUGUUCAGUAUCAUUUGGAAAACACCCAUUUUUUUUGCUUUACAAUAUUUUGGUUGUAUUUAUAGAAAAUGACAGCACAAGCCCCUAUAAAUAAUAAAAGAUGCGCUACUGUGAGAGAAACCUUUGUGGUCAUCUGUCGGUCACUGAAUGUUUGUGUUGUUAAUUACUGUAAUCAGUUCAGCUUAUCAUUUGUAAGGAUACAAUGAUUUUGUCAGCGUUUAGUCACACAGUUCUCAUGUGCUUAGCUGUCUGUAUUAUUUCUACAAGACUGGUGUUUGGAAAUGCAAAGCCAUGUUGACAAAAUGAAGUCCCAAUCACUGCAAGUGAAGAAAGAGAGCGAUCGAGGUGUCAUUCAUCAUUCUGACUUUGAGAAAUGUACUAAUUUUUUAAGCAGUUUUAUUUUGUGGGCCGUCAUCUGUUUUAGUUUGCUUAUGGGAGAGAUUGUUUAAUUAAAACCUUGAUUUGUUGAUUUUUUUUAAUCACUAGGUUUCUCCUCAAUCCAGCAGAACCGCAGCUGAGGUUAAAGGUGCAUCAUUGCUGCUCCAUUAAUGAAUAGUUUUUGAUUUGUUCCCGAAUCUGCCUGUAUUCCACAGAUCAAACUUUCAGUUCUGGAUUUAUUCUUAUUUUUAAAUGCUUUAAUGGAAAAGAGGUUACAUGCGUCCUGGGUGGAAGAUUUAUUCUUAUUUGUUGCCAGUGGUUUAUUUUUAUUUGCUCCAGUGUUCAGUUUUCAACAGCAAUGUUUUUCUUCUGAUUAAUUUUGGUGAAAGUGCAUUUCAGAAAUAUAAUAUAAUUGGCUUGUCAAUUCAAUAAAAUUGUUAGUAAAGUA